AUGAGACAGGCCUUGAGGCACAAAUCCAUGAUUAGCAUUCUAGCACGGACUCGACGCGCCGACAUAGUGCAAACCAUCAGAGGGGACAGAGAUGAUCUUCAAAAGUUUACACAUGAUGAUCUUCGAAUUGUUCGCGCAAUGCCAACAAUGGGAGUCGAAGCGCAUGAAUCGGCAACUCUGAUAACAAAUAGAGGUACGCGCGAGGAGAAGCUGGUUAUAGAACUGGCCACAUGGAUCUUCAAUCAGGUUGGCAAGGUUUUCCCUGUUUCUAGUGAAUACUUCGACGCUGCGACCGGAAUGAGCGCAUUUUCCAACGCGCUGAUGGCCUUGGCGGUGCAGAAAAUUUCACAAAAGGCUGUUUCCGAAGGUGUCCCCGAAGAUCGUGCUAUUGCCAUAGCAUCUCAAUGCUUUCGUGGAAUGGCUAGCCUCAUGCUCUCUGGAACUACGCCAGAGAACCUGAAAUGGUCCCUUUCUGCACCAGGAAGCAUCACAGGGCAGGCGAUAUCCAAUCUUGAGAACAGCCAACUGUCCGAAAUUCUGGAACGCACUGCUUCUACGGCGAUAGCUCGAGCUAGGGAUUAUGGGAAGAAUUGA